AACAGGGUGGAUUGUUUGCAGCUCUUGCUGAGACCAUUGCUCUUCAAUGGAAAUCUCCGAAGCAUUAGGUUCUGGUGAGUAAAACUGUAAAACAGAAUGUAAUUACUAGUUGUGCUCUGUUUCUAUAAGAAAUGACCAUUUACUUUUAGCCACCCAGGUAAGAUCAAUCCGCAGUUAUUGUUCGCAUCACUUAUACUAAACUUCUAUGCAUCUGUCUCAAUCCUUGGCCUUUUAAAUGCUAUUUUUAGGUUCAUUUGGUUUCAUGCCAUUUCAUCUAUGUAGCUACACAUUAUGCAUGGUACCUUGUAGGCUUGUAGCCUCCACAUCAUUUAGUUAGUGAGACUAGAGCUGCACAAGUAUAACAAUAAAAAAACCCAGCCAUCUCCCUACACUACAGUAUGUCAGUAUAGAGCACCAACAUGGAACAUGGAGUAGGCCAGGGGGUCUGUUUUCAUGCAUCUUCACAUGGCCAACACACUUCUGAGCUAAUCAUGCGUGUCCAUGUCAUUUGCUCGCUUAAUCUAUCUAAUCUCAUAUGUCUUUGCCCCCCUUAGACCAAUAAUCAAUGACACUUCAUGCGUGAUGACACAGCUAAAAUCUAAUCCUCGCACUAAAACAAUUAAGCAAGUUGGCUGAAGAGAUCUAGAUGCUGGUCUGGUAGUAGUGUUCAACUCUGUACUUUGACCCCAACCGCAUGUACCUAAUCAAGAUUCCUGUAUUUGGCUACAGCCAGAACAUGCAUUGUGAUAUUAUUCUAUUUCCACAUGUGCUGUUAACUAGUGCUAAUUCCAGCUUAGCAAGGCGCUCCCCAUUGGCUCCACGCAUCAUGUUGCUACAAUUAUAUGAUAGUAGAUGUUACUUACUAUUUAAUCUCUUCUCUUUGAUGAUAUCAAAGUGGAUCUGGAUUGGUUGCAGUUGCAAGUUGGGAGUAAAAUAUCAAUCGGAGCAGACCGUCCGAUUUGGAAAUCAAGGACCAAGAUCCAAUUCAGCAGCUUGGUUGUGACUGGAGAGAUCUGAUGGCCCACGUUUGAUCUUGUGCGAUGAUUAGUUGUUUCAAUGCCUGCCCUGACGACCUGUUUUGUCGCUUAGUUCGUAGUGAAUCCCUGUAUAUAAAGGCUAUGCAUAUGUGGGAGUAAGCUAUUUGUUGUUGUACCUGCUAGUUAGCUUCAUCAUCUGAACCUGAUAAGAAGAAUGGUGCACAUUGCCGAUCCUGCGGGCGCUGUAGUGGUUGGUUGCAAGGUCCUGCCCAUCUUCAAUGAGAACGGCAUUGUCGACGGUGCGGUGAAGAAGAUUGUGCACAGGCUCGACGGGAAGAAGGCGGUCGCUCGGGUGAAGGAGCUCUUGAGGUGGGCCUCUCAGGUCAGGCCUCUCAGCACCAGCGCCAGUGGAAAGAAAUGGAAGCAGGUUCUGAGCUUCCCGGGUAGGGAUGGUGGUGGAACGAAGUGUGAUGAGGUGAGCUCCGGCAAGCUGAGCUUCAAGUGGGAGGCAGGCAGCUGCUCGUCGGUGGCAUCGUCGUCGGUGCUCUACUCGCCAGUGUCGUUCGCAUCUGCGCCGGCUGCAAGGACGACGACGGAGCAGCUGCACACCCCGUCGAGGAAUUACGUGUCGAGGUUGUCAUCGGUGAGCCAGAAGAGCUCGUCGUCGUCGCAGGCAUGCAGCCGGAUGGCACAGUGGAUCACCACGGAUUCAGACUUUGUGGUGCUGGAGCUGUAAGUUAGUGACAAUUAGUAAGAUGGAGGAGGCAGGCAUCAGCAGCAGCAGCAGGAGAGGAAAGGCAAGGCAAGGCAUGCAUGUUUAUGUGGAGCUGAGAAUGGCAAAUUGUAUUAGCAAGCAUUGAGAGAUGGAGAUCUGAAGCUAAACUUAGUGUUAGUUAGGGGAGGAAGCUUAAGCUAGAUAGCAGAUGUGUGAGUCAGACAGACAGACAGAGAUGCAGUUGAUGAAGUUGACUAAAAUGUUGGCAGUUGUGAAAUUCAGUUUCAAGUGUAUAUAUAUGUUAUGUUUGGCUUGUGAUUGAUGAUCAA